GGAGCUCACAUCCGCUCGUUUAUACAGCCUCGUUUUUGGGCCUCCAAUAGAGACGCGUUCUUGACCUUGAUUAACCCCGCCUUCAUCCCAUCAGUUGACCUAUCCUGUCUCAGGCCCAGGGUAGAAACCGGGAACGAAAAAGCAAAACCACAAACACCUUUGGCGCGGCUAGCAAAAAUAUCCAGUAAUAGGAGACAUAGUCAAAGAGGGAGAAUGGAGGGUAGGAAGCUUGCAGAUGGGAAAAUUGGCCGGCGAUGGAUUGGGUAUAAGAGUUGAGAGCUUCCCCAAGCAGUCGCUAAAUUCUUCCUUCCUUCAAAGAUAUCUUCCCGUUCCUGCAUCUCUCUUAUAUAACCACCUUUCGUUCAAGUCAAUCGACGUUCUCUCUUUGAUAUCAUCUUUUUUGCUUUGUUAUCGUACUACCUUCAUUAUAAUGGAAACCAUCAUGGAAGACGAAGCUGAAGCUUCAGGUCUUACUCUAGCCGACCCCGAGGUCCCUCCUCUUUUCUAUGUCGAGUCUACCGAACAGCCUGGCGUCUAUCGUCGCUCAUUUGAACUCACUGACAAUAUUUUCCCUCCUUACUUGGAUCCAAUUCCUUCUUGGAUGAAAACAAUGCUCGCUGCGGAUGCUACACCUUUAAUCCGCGGAACGACUCCAGACAUGUUUCCUCCCCUCUUUUUUUAUUCUGCUUCACAGCCUCUUCCCUCUGAGUUUAUUCUGCCAUUCAGCGACCGUCCCAAAAGCUUCUAUAUUUCCCUUACCCAUGAUAAUUCCAUUGUUAAUAUCCAUGACAACUCUCCCAAGGCAAGAUGUGGUCCUGCCGCUCAGAGGGUCCUCCGCACUCCAGAGCUCCUGGAGAAUAUCUUCCUCAGGCUCGACAUGGCUACCGUUCUGACAUCUGUUCAACGAGUCAACAAGAACUUCAAGCGGGCCGUUGAUGGAUCGCUUGCCCUGCAGCGGAUGCUCUACUUCAAAUUUGACAGGAAUGCCGAAACCGGUCUCCAUCCACAGGCAGCCUACAACGGAGAUGACCGCGAGGAAUUCCCGAUCCUCAACAGUCUCCUGGUCAAGCAUUUCGGGAGCUGCUUCUUCGAUUUUGGCGAUGUCUAUGGUUGGCAGCGUCGGGCAGAGUCCUUCUACGAGAAUAAAUGGACGCGCCACCACCACGAGUUAAAGGUCGACAUGAUGUUCGGGCGCCAAAAGAUAUACAGACCAGUACGCCCCGAUCUUGAUUCCGUGCAGAAGCUUCAAGCCAGUCAGGAUAGAGACCGAUUCACCCGAGCUGGUGCGAGUUGGCGCAGGAUGCUCGUGUGUCAGCCUCCAAUCUAUGACUUUGGUGCCAUGAUCUUCCAACCCGUCGAUCCCUCUCGGCCUGUCCCCCAGAAGAUGGAAAAGGCCAUCAUCAAGGCCGAAGAUGACGAGUCGGGCCUUUGCAUGGGCCAGCUCUACGACUUUGUCCAAGAACGCGCCGGCAACCACCCCCUUGACUCCCUGUGGUUUCGCGUUACCUGGUUUGAUACCCAAGGGCCAUUCACAUCGACUCUCUGCUCCGACACCGCCAUUGAAUGGGUCAUUGACGGCGUGCCCAUCGUGAUUGAAAUGUUCCACAAGAACGAUAGUCUCCGUCCAUUUCACCCACCUGACCCGCCAAAGCCCGAUGUCUUUGACAAAAACUUCAAGUGCAAGGACUUUAAGCCCCAUGAAUGGGUUCCGGAUGAGGCCGUCAUCGAUUACUAUGGUCGAGGAUACGAAUCAGCUUCGCCGCUGAUGAACCAGGAUAAACAAAUGAUUUGGUGCGGGUCUCCUAGUAUGUGGCCAGUGGUGUAAACACCAAUACUUCCAUGUUGCAAGCGGGCGGGUGGGAGGGCAACAUGGGGGACGGCUAGAUUGUUUUUUGUUUCUUUUCUUUUUGCAUUCAGCCCUGGGUCGCCUCUUGGCUAAGAGGUCAGGAUGAGGGCGUUUGGGAUGGGAUGGAAUUGGUUGGCAUGGAAUUGGCCAAAAUGGCCAACGGUCUGGCGUUGGUGUCAGAAAUGGGUAGGAGCUUCUUCUUCGGCUAUGGUAGAAGCCUUAAUUGGCUCUUAGAGUUUUGCGGCAGCAAUGAACAUGGAAUGUAAUCUAACAAAAUGGUUUGUUUAGAUAGGUAGGUAGAUAGAUAUGGGAAUAAUUGAGCUCUUUGGCUGCUCAUCUGGUG